UCUACCUGCACCUCAGCACGGGUCAUUCAUUGGGAUUAUUUUCAGUCACUAUCCACAUGCAAAGCGCAGCCUCUGAUAAGCUGCUGCAGCAUCACCGUUUCUACAGUAUUUAAACUAGGUUAGUAAUAUGGCAUUGAGAAGCAGAGACUUGGUCAGUACUGUUUUAUUCGGAUGUGUUAUAAUUUUCAGCACCACGCUAUAUCCUGUCUGCGCUUACCUCUUCAAAAACCGCUAUGUCGGUGAUCAAGUGUUCAGAAUAAUUCCUAAGUGCAAGACGGAGGUUCAAGUAGUCAAACAGCUUUUCCAAAACCUCACGGUGGACCUUUGGCAGCCCAACAGUUUAUCUCUGAUUCAAGAGAACAGCUUAGUAGACGUUCAUGUGGGCUGGAACAAAACACAAUGGCUGAGGAGACAUCUACACCAGGCACAUAUCCAUUAUAAGGUGCUUAUGUCCAAUCUCCAAACAGAAAUUGAGAAACAGACUGGAUACAGGUCUUCCAGGAAGCGCAGAUCGGAAUUCCAGUAUGACUAUGAAGUGUACCAUCCUUGGGAAGAAAUCCAGAGUUGGAUGUUUGAGAUGAACCGGACACACCCACACCUGGUGGACAUGUUUUCUAUUGGACGGUCCUAUGAGGGACGUCCCCUCUAUGUGCUCCAGUUAGGAAAGAGGACACAGCUCUAUAAGAAGGCUGUAUGGAUAGACUGUGGAGUGCAUGCUAGAGAAUGGAUUGGUCCAGCUUUCUGCCAGUGGUUUGUGAAGGAGGCUCUGAACUCCUAUCAACACGACACCAGCAUGAGACGACUGAUGAAUCAGCUCAAUUUCUACAUUAUGCCUGUCUUCAAUGUGGAUGGUUACCAUUACAGCUGGAAGACAGAUCGCUUUUGGCGGAAAACCCGGUCAAAGAUUCCAGAGUAUCAUUGUCGGGGAGUGGAUGCCAACCGAAAUUGGAAAGUAAAGUGGUGUGAUGAGGGUGCGUCCCUGCACCCCUGCGAUGACACAUACUGUGGUCCAUUCCCUGAGUCAGAGCCCGAGGUCAAAGCUGUCGCCAAGUUUUUACGCAAACACAGGAAACGUGUCAAGGCCUACAUCUCGAUUCACGCCUAUGCUCAGAUGCUCCUUUAUCCCUAUUCCUACAAAUAUGCAACUAUACCAAACUUUAACUGUGUGGAAUCAGCUGCCCAGAACGCAGUGAGUGCUCUGUACUCAGCUUAUGGAGUGAGAUACAGAUAUGGCCCCGCCUCCACCACACUUUAUUUGAGUUCUGGAAGCUCAAUAGACUGGGCCUAUAAGAAUGGGAUUCUGUAUGCUUUUGCCUUUGAGUUGCGUGAUAAAGGUUACUAUGGCUUCCUGUUGCCCGAAGCCCUGAUUAAUCCCACCUGCACAGAGACCAUGAGAGCUGUAAAGACCAUCGCCUCAGACCUGCUGAAGAAAUGUACCAAAUGACUUUUUUUUUUACCUUUCACCUAACUGUCACCUCUAUUCUCUUCUGUACCCCAGUUUAGCCCAUAAGCCAUAGCAAUAUGUCUCAACUAGCUAUUUACAAAUGUGGCUGUAUGUUAUUUUACAUGUACAGUGACCCUAUGUAAAGUAUUUGGACACUUGAGCCUCACUUGAAAUGUACAAAUGUUUUUGCAUUAUAUAACAAAAUAUCAAACUAAGUGACAUUUAUUUUAAAUCAAAUAGUUUUUAAGGGCAAACUGUAGAUAGGGCAAUGGGACACUUUCUGGUACUCAAAUGUUAGUAGAACAGUUAGUUACUGUGCCGAACUACUGUGGUUACUCUGCUAGGACACCUGUGUGAACUUGAGAGGAACUAAGUUCAUACAUUCACACACACACACAAAAAAAAAGGAAUUGCAGAAAUGUCUAGGAUAAGGGAAGUUUGUUCUUAGAAAUUGUGUAACAUAAUAUUUUUGCAGAUGACACUUGGUUUGAUAUUUUGUUAUCUAAUGCAAUGGAAAUAAUUCAUUUUUACGUGACUUAUGUGUCUAAAAGUGUCUAAGCACUUUGGCAUUUUUGUUUUUAUUAGAAAAUAAGGUUUAUUUAUGAAAUUGUUUAAUAAGCCUCUACAUUAAAAUUAAAAAAAAAACAUGGUGUAAGUGUAUUAACAGUGAAGAUAAGCAAGCACUUGAAUUUUGAACAGAAUAAUUCUCUUUCAAUAAAAUUUCUAUGAGACAAAAAUACAGUGAGCACUUGCUGUAUAGAUAUGGAUUAAAAGAACAAUACAACCCAAAGAAUGUAAAUAAUACAUACUUUUAUCCUACAAAGGGUUUAUUUUAAUACUGAUGCUGUGCAGCCUACAGCUACCAUAUAUACAGUAUUACUGCAGCUACAAGAGAGCUUUGAUCCUGUUUUGAAAUUGAUUUAUUUUAUUAGAAGGGGGAAAGUUUACAUUUGUACUAUCAAUUACAUUUGUUUACUUUUGUACUAUUAGUUACAAUUGUUAGAAUUCAAUUUAACACAAAACAGUAAAUUUUGAUUUAGCCAUUAUUUAUUUUUAAAUGAAAACAUGCAUUGUUAUAUAA